GUUUUGCUUUUCAGGUUAAAGAAGUUAGACGGAUCGAUAAGUCGUCGUCAGAUUUGCAGAGAUUUGCAAAAAAUUUGCGUAGAUUUCUAUAUUGCAAAAUUGGUCUUAUUUACAGAUUUCCAAACAAAAUUGCAUAGAUUUUCACAUAUUGCGAAAUUGGUUUCAUAUCAGCACUUUGCAUAGAUUUACAUAGAUAUAUUGCGAAAUUGGUCUGUUAUCGUCACUUUAUAUAGAUUUGCAUAUAUAGAUUUGCACAUAUUGCGAAAUUUACCAUGAAAAGAUUUUGGAAAUUGGGGGGCGUCCUGUUCCUGGGAUUUUUGACUUUGUCCACGUGCACCGUUUGGAAUGCGGAAGACGCCUUAAUUCUGGAAGUUGAGAGUAUCGUUAACAAUCAAUCGUCCUCCUCCAAUUCUGGCGAAGUUGUGACCACCCUUUCCCCUGAAAGCGGCAGUGAUACGGACUGCGUCACGAACGAGGGGGUUGCAGGGACCUGUAUCCGAUUUACGGAGUGUUAUCCGUACUUCCAAAGCGAAAUUAAGGACGUGAAACACUCCACGGUUUCGAGUCAUAUUGAAGUCGUGAGGAAUAUGUCGACCCCCUGUCAACCCGCGGAAGUCACCACGAAUCCCCUGUCUCCGGGCGGAGAGGGUGUCUCAAACGACGACCACAUUUGCUGCGCGACGCUAACUCGGGCCGCGUCGAGUGGAAAUUUACCGUCCUUUGAGGGUCGAGAAACGACAGAAAAUGCGGAAAUGAGCCCGCAAGAGAUGGAGAAGGAGAAAGUGGAGGCAUACGCGGGGUGUGGAUUGACCCCGUACAAUAACGAGCUCCCGAAAGUCGUGCAGGGCAGGGAAGCCAAGAAGAACGAGUUCCCUUGGGCAGUGGCAUUAUUCCAAAAUGGGCGACAUCACUGUGGUGCAUCCCUAAUUGAUGCGAGACACGUCGUGACGGCUGCGCAUUGUGUUAACAAUAUUCGGACGGGCCCAAUGUUGCAAAAUGUGCGAUUGUACAUCGGAGCCCACGACAUUUACGGGGGGAAGGACUACGAGGUGAGGAAAGUGAAGAAAUUAGCGUUUCAUAAGGGAUUUAACGGGCAGCAGUUCCGGGAUGACAUCGCGCUCAUGGUCCUCGACUCGCCCGUCAUGUUUUCCGAGAGUAUUAAACCAGUCUGUCUCUACUCUGGGAGUCCUCCCGUCGAUGGCGGAGAAACCAAUGCGGACAUUGCUGGUUGGGGCAAGAUUUCGGAACAUGGUCCCCCCUCGAGAAAACUGAGAACGGCGUCCAUCCGAAUUUGGACGAAUUCUCAGUGUGCCCAAAAAUAUGUGGGGACGCUUGCCCCCACAAUUUCGAGUGGAAUGGUAUGCGCUGGGUCGAAUGGCAAAGACUCUUGUCAAGGUGACAGUGGUGGAAGUUUGACCUUGUCGCAAAAUGGGAGACAGCAAUUAAUCGGAGUCGUGAGCUGGGGAAUUAAAUGCGGCGUUUAUCCCGGAGUUUACACCCGUUUGGACAAGUACGUCAAUUGGAUAGAGAAAUACAAGGUGAAAUUAAAUUACUAAAUUUUACAGCGAUUAAUUUUUGUAAUUAAAAAUUUGAUUUAAUUUAUUUGUUAAAAAUGGUUAUGAAAAAAUUAGGAAAUAAAUGAAAAUUAUGAUUCUUUAAUAAA